UCUCAAGAGCUACAAACCUAGUGUCUUACCAUUUCUAAUAGGAAUCAUAUCAAAAAAUUUAGAAUUCAUAUCAGAGGUGAUAAUAAGACAGAUGAUAAGACACAAGUUUCGUAGAUUUUGCAGGUUGGAUUUUACUCUAACCUUUCCCAAAAUUUUUUUUUCUUUUUGGGGUGAAAAAACCUUUCCCAUUUUAAUAUGGAAAAUGUAAUACUUCCUUUCUCCUUUUUUGUUGAAAAUUCUGGUGGUCAAAGCUUGGAUUAAAACUCGGAGUUAUUUGUAUUGGAAAGUUGCCGAUGCUCACUCCGAAGGACAUGCGGAAUCAUAACUGUAAGCCGAAGGAAGAGGCAAACAGCUAUGUUCCGAUAUAAGAAAAAACUGGCAAUCUGAACAAGGGAGAAAAGGAACAGAAAAAUAUAAGGAAAAGAUGAAGAACAGGGAACAACAAAAGACAGUGAAGACAGCGAUGGUUUUCCUGGGAUUCUGCCUUGUCGCUUACAUUGUAAUCCCACCGCUCUUCUGGCACCUCUCCGAUUUCAUUACCGCCACCUCUUCUUCUUCUUCUUCUUCUUCUUCCUCCUCAUACUGUCCACCUUGCUUCUGCGACUGCUCCACUCAGCCACUGUUCUCUCUUUUUGAUGAUCUGAGCGCCAACACUUCUUUCUCAGAAUGCACGAAGAAGCAGGAUCCGGAGGUGGGCGAGGAGGCGCAGUCCAAUUUCACGGAGCUCCUGGCGGAGGAAGUGAAGCUGAAAGAGGCGGAGGCUGUGAGGAACCAGCAGCGGGCCGACGUGGCUUUGCUGGAGGCCAAGAAGAUGACAUCACAGUAUCAGAAGGAAGCUGACAAGUGCAGCGCGGGGAUGGACACCUGCGAGGUUGCCAGGGAGACAGCCGAAGAAGCACUCGCCUCCCAGAGGCAAAUCAGUGCCCUCUGGGAGCGCAGAGCUCGACAGAGAGGGUGGCGACCGGCUGCAACCACCGUCACUCACCACCUUCACAGCCACUUCACCCACUAACUUCAGCAAUUUGAGAGAUGAUUGGGACAAAUUAGGCAUUUCUGAUAGGAA